CACCUACCAAAAUGCAGGCGACGCCAGAGACACUCCAGGCGCUCUCCAGCUACCUCGCAUCGACAGUCGCCCCAGAGGCAUCGACACGCCGUCUGGCAGAGGAGUCGCUGAGGCAAGGGGAGAAGCAGCAGGGCUUCCUCCAGCUCGUCCUCGAGAUUGUUCGCUCCGAUGCCACCGACAUGGUCGUCCGCCAGGCAGGCGCUCUCUACUUCAAGAACACGGUCAAGCGUCUGUGGGGUGAUGACGAGGAAGAGGAGGUCAAGAUCUCAGAGCAGGACAAGCAGGCCGUCAAGGCUCAGCUCGUCCCUCUAAUGAUCGCCCUUGGCACCCCUCAGACCGCAAAGCUCCAGAGCCAGAUCGGAGAGGGCCUUUCGACCAUUGCCUCGCUCGACUUCCCCGACAAGUGGGAGGGUCUCAUUGACGAGCUCGUCAACAGCUUGACCCCCGACAACUUUGUUGUCAACAAUGGUGUGCUCGCCACCGCUCACUCUAUCUUCAAGCGCUGGAGGCAUCAGUUCCGCACCAACAAGCUCUUCUCUGAGAUCAACUUUGUCCUCGACCGCUUCUGCAAGCCCCACUUCGAGCUCUUCAAGCAUGUCGACCAGCUCCUCUCGACCCCUGCGGGACAGCCUCUCCCUCCCAACGCCUCCCUCCCCCUCCUUGCCCAGGCUCUCCUCCUCCUCAUCCAGAUCUUCCACGACCUCUCGUCCCAGGAUCUUCCUCCAUUCUUCGAGGACAACCUUGGCUCGUUCAUGGGCGACGACAGCCAGCAGGGCUGGCUCCUCAAGUACUUGAGCUGGGAGCGUCCAGAGCUCAAGGGUGACGAUGACGACGAGGCCCCCGGCCCUCUCCAGAAGAUUCGCGCUUCGAUCUGUGAGAUCGCCGAGCUGUAUGCCCAGAAGUACUCGGAUGCCUACCCCCAGCUGGGCAACUUUGUCAACGGUGUUUGGCAGAUGCUCACCACCGUUGGUGCCGGUACCCGCGAGGAUGUUCUCGUCUCUCGUGCGCUCAAGUUCCUCUCGGUUGUUGUCAAGAUGGGCAACCACCGAGACAUGUUCGCGGCCAAGGAGACCCUCACUGCGUUCUGCGAGAAGAUCAUUCUUCCCAACAUGAGCCUUCGUGAGCACGAGGAGGAGAUGUUCGAGGAUGACCCGGCCGAGUACAUUCGUCGCGACCUGGAGCCUUCAGCAGAGAGUGACACGCGCCGCGCAGCCGCCACCGAGUUCACUCAGGCUCUGAUGACCAACUUCGAGGCCGACGUUACCAGCAUCAUUCAGGGUUACAUCACCCAGUUCCUCCAGCAGUACCAGCAAAACCCGUCGGCCAACUGGAAGAGCAAGGACACUGCCAUCUACCUGCUUACGUCUAUUGCUGCUCGUGGAUCGACUGCCCAGCGUGGUGUCACCUCUGUCAACAACUUUGUUGACGUUGUCGACUUCUUUGGCCAGAAUGUCUUUGCGGACCUGCAGGCUGCUCCUGGCACCGUUCACCCCAUUCUUACGGUGGACGCCAUCAAGUACCUCUACACUUUCCGCAACCAGCUCACCAAGGAUCAACUCGUCUCCGUCCUCCCCCUUCUGGUCCAGCACCUCAGCUCUGACAACUACGUGGUCUAUACCUACGCUGCCACGACUAUUGAGCGUAUUCUCUUCAUCAAGAACGAGAGCCGCCAGCCUCUCUUUACGUCGGUGGACGUUCGCCCCUUCGCCGAGAACAUCCUCAUGGCGGCCUUCACGAGCAUCGAGCGCGGUGACACGCCUGAGAAGAUCGCCGAGAACGACCACCUGAUGAAGUGCGUUAUGCGUGUCAUCAUCACCGCUCGUGGCGAGCUCGCUCCUCACUACGAGGCUAUCCUCACUCGCCUGGUCAACAUCAUCGGCCAGAUUAGCAAGAACCCUAGCAACCCGCGCUUCAACCAGUACAGCUUCGAGUCCAUCUCCGCCCUCAUCCGGUUUGUCUGCGAGGUUAACCCUGCGGCUCUUUCCACAUUCGAGGGUGCUCUCUUCGGACCUGCCGAGGUCAUCUUGGCUCAGGACGUUACUGAGUUCAUCCCCUACAUCUUCCAAAUCCUUGCCCAGCUUCUUGAGCUGCACGCCCCCAACGACCUGCCAAGCGAGUACCAGCAGCUCCUUGGCCCAUUGCUCUCUGCCUCUCUCUGGGAGCAGCGCGGCAACGUCCCUGCCCUGGCGCGUAUCUGGAAGGCCCUCCUCAUGCGUGGAGCUUCUGUCGUUGUCGCCAACAACCAGAUCCCCGGUCUUCUUGGUAUCUUCCAGCGUCUCAUUGCGUCGAAGAACAACGACGUGUACGGCUUUGAGAUCCUCCAGGCUCUGUACGAGUUUGUCCCUCUCGACACCAUGCGCGCGUACACCAACGACAUCUUCAUGCUGCUCUUGAACCGCCUGCAAACCAAGCCUUCGGCCCAGUUUUCGCAGGCCUUCGUCUACUUCUACACCUUCCUUGCGGCCAUUGACAACGUUGGACCUGACGCGGCCAUCUCGUUUGUCGACGGUGUUCAGCCCGGUCUGUUCGGCAACCUCAUGAAGGGUGUCGUUCUCCCCAACACCCAGAAGGCGCCUGUGAAGAGCCGUCGCGUGAUCGAAGUAGGCUUGACCAAGUACCUGACCAAGUCGGACGCUAUCCUUGUGGAGCCAACUGUUGGCUUCUGGACCCCCAUCUUCCUUGCAUUGCUUGACCUCUUUGCCCUUCCCCAGGACCUCACCUACGCUGGACAAGACGCCCUGAACGAGCUCGACCCCGAGGACACUGGCUUCCAGGCGUCCUUCUCCAAGCUUGGAGCGUCGGAGCGCCAGGCACACGACCCAGUCCGUGGCGUCGGAAACGAGAAGGAGUAUGCCGCGAGCGAGCUUGCUCGCCGCAGCAAUGAGCGUCCUGGUGUCCUGGGCCCUCUUAUUGCCCAGGCCCAGGCCGCCGAGCCCAAGACUGUCGGCGAGUUCUCCCAGUACCUGCAGUCCAACGGUAUCACCAUUGCUUAGAACGGCGACGAGCGAAUGAGCGCCACACAACCAACCUGCAUUGUGCCAUAUCGAGU